GGAAGCCGGAAGUACAGCUUAGGGCCAUCCUGGUCCUCUGCAGUGUCUGUGCAUUGGAGACUCCUGAGCUGCCUGGGUUCUAGUUGUCCUUCCCAGGCUCUGUCCCAGGCAGGUCCCAGGCUGGACUGCUUUCCAGGCUGCACCGUGGAACAGGGUAUAGUCUUACAGCAGGGGUUUGGCUCCUGCUGUCCUAGAGCAGCCCAAAGUGACCCUGGCCCAGCCAUGUGGACUGCACUCGUGUACCAUGAGGACAUGAUGGGACAUGAGCUGCUCUGGGAUGACCCCGAGUGCAAGAUAGAGGGUCCCCAGCGCCUGUCUGCAGCCCUGGACCGCCUGCGGCAGUGUGGCCUGGAGCAGAGGUGCCUACAGCUGUCAGCCCGAGAGGCCUCAGAGGCAGAACUGGGGCUGGUGCACAGCCCAGAGUACAUAGCCCUGAUUCAUGGGACCCAGGUCCUGGGCAAGGAGGAGCUCCAGGAGCUGUCUGGACAGUAUGAUGCUGUGUACUUCCACCCGAGUACUUUUCACUGUGCCCGACUGGCUGCAGGGGCUGCGCUGCAGCUGGUGGAUGCUGUGCUCACAGGAGCUGUGCACAAUGGGCUGGCCCUGGUGAGACCCCCUGGACAUCACAGCCAGAGGGCAGCUGCCAAUGGGUUCUGUGUGUUCAACAACGUAGCUAUAGCGGCUGAACAUGCCAAGCAGAAACACGGGCUAUGCAGGAUCCUCAUUGUUGACUGGGACAUCCAUCAUGGCCAGGGCAUCCAGUACAUCUUUGAGGAUGACCCCAGUGUCCUUUACUUCUCCUGGCAUCGAUAUGAGCACGGCCGCUUCUGGCCCUUCCUGCGAGAGUCAAAUGCAGAUGCUGUUGGGCAGGGACGGGGCCGUGGCUUCACUGUUAACCUGCCCUGGAACCAGGUUGGGAUGGGGAAUGCUGACUACAUGGCUGCCUUCUUGCAUCUGCUGCUGCCCCUGGCCUUUGAGUUUGACCCUGAGCUGGUGUUGGUCUCUGCUGGAUUUGACUCAGCCAUCGGGGACCCGGAGGGCCAGAUGCAGGCCACACCAGAGUGCUUCGCCCACCUCACACAGUUGCUCCAGGUGCUGGCUGGCGGCCGAGUCUGUGCAGUGCUGGAGGGCGGCUACCACCUGGAGUCACUUGCGGAGUCGGUGUGCAUGACAGUGCAGGCACUGCUUGGGGACCCUGCCCCACUCCUGCUGGGGCCUCUGAUGCCAUGUCAGAGUGCCCUGGAAUCCAUUCAGAGUGUCCGGGCAGUCCAAGCCCCUCACUGGCUGAGCCUCCAACAGCAAGAUGUGGACCCUGCACUGAGCCCCAGCACCCAUUUCCUAGAGGGGAGGCUCCUGCCUGUGCUGCCUGGGGAUCCUGCUUGCAAGGCUGAGGCUUCAGCAGUGCUGAGCUCCCUCCUGGGCCAGCUAUACCUCCACCCCACACCUGCUGUCUGCAAUGGGCCAGAUGCCACCCUGGUUCUGCCCCGUGAUGUCAUUUAUCAGGAGGAGUCAGCACCAAGAGAGGAGGCAGAAACCUGGGCCAGGCUACGUGCAUCUCUGGCUCAGGAUGAAGCCCUCACUGCACUUAUGAAACUCCUGUACCUUUUAGAUGGGAUCCUGGAUGGGCAGGUGAGCAGUGGUAUUGUAGCCACCCCAGCCUCCACUGCAGUGGCCAUCCUGAAUGUGGCCAUUCAGAGAGGCCUGUCCCACGGAGCCCAGAGGCUGUUCUGUGUGGCCCUGGGACAGCUGGACCGGCCUCCUGACCUCACUGAUGAUGGGAGGACUUUUUGGCUGAGCAUCAGGGGCAAGGAGGCAGCUGCUUUCUCUGCAUUCCAUGUUUCCACUCCACUGCCGGGGACCAGUGGUGGGUUCCUGAGCUGCAUCGUGGGCCUGGUGCUGCCGCUAGCCUAUGGCUUCCAGCCUGACCUGGUGCUGGUGGCGCUGGGGCCUGCCCAUGGCCUUCAGGGACCCCAUGCUGCUCUUCUGGCUGCAGUGCUGCGGGUGCCGGCAAGAGGCCGAGUUCUGGUCCUGGUGGAGGAGUCAGAACCUCAGCUGGCAGGGAUGCUGGCCCCAGUGCUGCGCGGAGAAGCACCUCCCAGCCUGGGUCCUUUCUUGAUGGCCUCUCCAGAGGAUGUCCAGGCCCUCAGGAGCCUGAGAGGGCAGUUAGAGCCACAGUGGAAGAUGCUGCAGGUGGCCGUACCGCUUUCCUCUGGCAACGUGGAAUCGACCACGGCAGGAAUGUGCACACCACAGAAAUAAUACCACGAUACAGCCCCCAAGUCAGCUGCUGCGCUCAACAACAGCGGGCCGUGGCCAUGGCGGUCCCGCCCCUCUCCGCCAUCCUCACCACGCCCUACGGAGGCCCACACCGUCCCCGCUUCCGCCCCGCGGUGCUCCCACCCUCACCCCCUACAGCGUCUCGCUCCGUCCGGCCCCGCAGUGUCCCAGACCGUACAGUCGUGGCUCAGUCACGCCCCACCCUGCGGUGGCCCAGACCCUCCCGGUUCAGGUUCGCUUUGCUCUGUGGCGGCUCCGCCCCUACCCCUCUGGCGCCCAGUUCUUACCCUUCUCGCGGCAGCCCUGCCCUACGUUAGUAAACUUAGAAAAACCAGA